AUAGAAAAAGAGUUGCGUCACAGUUCAAAACAAGAGACUGGCGCCGUGUGGUUUUGGGUUUUAUGAAGAUGUCUCAGAAUAGCUCUGACAAGGAUGACCAAUCUCCAGGUAAUAAGAAGGGCAUCUCUCUCCCCAUCUCCAGAGUCCGGCUCAUCAUGAAGAGCUCCCCCGAUGUGUCCAGCAUCAACCAGGAGGCUCUGUUCCUCACCACCAAGGCCACAGAGCUGUUUGUGCAGCAUUUGGCUGUUACUUCUUUCAACAACGGCUCAGGAAAGGAGACUAACUCUUUGUCAUACAGUGAUCUUGCAAACACCGCGGAAGAGACUGAAACAUUUCACUUUCUCACAGAUAUUCUUCCAAAGAAGAUUUUGGCACGAGACUAUUUACAAUCUUUGGAGGAAAUGAAAGAAGAGGAUGCAGACUUUUAAAUUGGACAGUGGAUAUACUUGAAUUAUAUGUAAGA